AUGUUACAAACUUUAAUACCUAAUUCCAGACCUCAAAUCUCCACUACAACUAGCUUUAUUUCUGCUGAACAACUGAAUCGAAGCAAUGAGCCAGAAUGUUUUACUAAAGGAAAAUAUGGUAGUUUAGACGACAACAUAGAAAACUGUAAAUAUGAUUAUCUUUAUAAUGAUAAAUGUUUGAUAGUUCAAAAUUAUCCUUCACCUCCAGCAAAAUUUCUUAAAGGAAAGCAGAUAUACUUUGCAGAAUUUAGGACCAUAGACUACAAUAUCAAAUUAUAUCAUAGGAUCUAUAUUGAUGCAAAUGAUCCUGACAAUAAAUCAAAUUUAAAAGAUUUUCAACCAUUAAUUUUACAACACCAUAACCAACCACAACAACCUUUUCAUCAUCAUGAUCCAGUAAAAUCAACAAAUGUGAAUUCAUCGGGAAACAUUGUUACAUUCUCUAAAGGGAUUCAAUGUAGCGAUGUUGAUAUAAAAACAAUCACUGAUUCAAAUAGAACAGAGGCCCAAUUAGCUUACUUAAUGGCUAUUGGAUUGGGUAAAAAAUUAUAUUUUUAUUGGUUAGUUCCUCCACAACCUUCUUCUCAAGACAAAUAUGAUACACAAGUUUAUAAUUAUCAUUGUGGUCAAUAUCAAAUUGAUUUAGUAAUCACAACUGUUAGUUUAUAUUUUACAUCGUCAUCUAAUCAACCUCCCAAAUAUCAAAAUUCACAUUAUCUAUUUGUUGGCACUGAAAAUGGAUGUUUGGAUUUAUAUAAUUAUAAUCCUAAUCCUAUGAAAAACAUUCGUCCAAUUUGUCACAUUGAAGGGACCGAUCCUAUUGCACCAAUUACAAAUAUUAUUGUUGCUUCACCACUUUCAGAAGAACAAUGUCAUUUACUAAUUGUCGGUUAUGGUGGUAGAAAUGAUUUUGAACUUGAUAGAUCUCUGCGAAUCAGGGUCUUUAAAGCAUCGUUCGACUUCAAUAAUCCAACAUUUUAUGAAAUUAAUUUUCCUUUAGAUAGUCCAUUCAAUAAAAUCAAAGGAAGGAUAAUCAAUAUGCAAAUUAAUAAAGUCAAAGGAUCAUCCAUAUGCAACCUAAGUGUUUUAAUUAGUCAAGUUGAAAAAAAUGAUGAUAAAGUUAAAAUUACAAAAGUAAUUUCCUUGAUUAAAAUAGGAAGAUCUCAGAUUACAGUUUCAUUCUUCCAGGAAGUGGAAACAAACAAGCAAGAUGUAUUAGACAUUACACCUGUAUAUAAUGAAGAUGACUUUGUUUUAUUGUUUUCAGAUGGUUCAGAAGUUUUGAGUCGUGAUAUGCAAUCAUAUAAAAGAGAUAUUUUUAUACCAUCAGAACCAAAACCCGAGUUUAAUAAAUUAUUUCCAGAAUUAGAUUCAACAUCAUUAUCAAGCUUAAGCAAUUUUCCAUUUAAUAAUACUACAAUAAUUGAUGGGAUAUUGCAAAGAAGGGCAAUUAUGGACAAUGAAUUAAUUAUUGAUCUUUUACUCAAAUUUGUAAGCAUUGAUAAUAGUCUUUAUCCACCACACGGUAAAGAUGAAUUAAAAGCAUUAUUUGAUGCUAUUUAUUCUGAUAUUGAAAUAGAUGCUUUAAGGAAAAAUUGUCUUAUGUAUUAUAUAUUAAAAUUUUGGCGCUCAGAUAAACACCAAAGCUUUGCAACAACUUAUUUAAUCUUACCAAAUUUUGUGAAUUUAAUGGAUGGUUAUUGGUCACUUGAUAAUGGUUAUUACUCUGAAGCUUCACUUUUCUUAACUGAUCCCUCCGUUGAAGUUGACUUUGAUAUGAAGAUAUUAAUGACUUUUUUAAAAAACACAAGUGUUCAAACAACUUUAAAUUAUGCAGAAUUAAAUAGUAAAACAUUAGAAUCAAUGAAGGAAUUUAAUGAUAUUAAGCAAGAUAUCUUGAUUAAUUUUGAUCUUAAACAAGCCUACGUGUUCCAGAAAAAACAUAGUAAUGAGAAGCAAAUUGACAAGAGAGAUUUUAAAGCUUUAACAAAAAUAUUAAAUUCUUGUUUUUUCCCUGUUCCUAUGAAAGACAGAUUAAAUAUUUUAUUAGAUCUAGAAUUAGAUGAAUCUGAAUAUGAAUAUCUACAAAAAUAUUGUAUUAAAAAUGCUCAAUUAGUUUUCUUGGUAAUGUAUUGUUUAAACCACAAUAAGCUUGCCGACACUUUCAAAUACAAUAGCAUGUUAAAUCAGCUACAAGCUUCUAAUAAAGAUCUAAUCGACAAUUCUAUCAAUCCUCAAAAAUGCGACGAAGUUAUUAGAAAAUUAUGGGAUGAUUUGCCAAAACAACAAAAAGAAGAAAUUUCCUCAGAAAUUAAAAAAAAUACAAGAAAAGAUUCGAAUCAAAUAACUAAUUAUAAAGUUAUUUAUUUAGACGGCAAUAAAAUGGAAAUGGAUAAUGUGAUAGAUGAAGAGAUAAAAUUAUUCACAUGA